CACCUUUGGUCAACCUUUAUCUUCUGGAACAGGCACAAUCGCCCCAUCGUCACAGGCGAUGUGCCGGGGGAAGGUAUUUAUAUCGGGUUAAAAGACCUGCACGCCCGGAGGGGCUUCAGCAUCGAUUGGUUGAAUGCAGGCUUUGAGUCGACAUAAACUUCCUAGCGUACGCUUGCUUGCUUGCCCAUAAUGACAGCCAACGUGCCCAUAGACCAGCAGCAGAUGCGGCCUGAAGCCGCAAAUAGCGAUGGCGAACACAGCAUACCAGACGAUGGCAUGGCCAGCAGAGUUCUUCGCAAGAUUGACAGGAACCUGAUACCGGUUCUUUUUGUCACUUACAUGCUCAAUUUCAUGGACAAGACCAUCCUUUCGAGCGCCUCGGUCUUCGGGCUCAAGGAGGACAACAACCUCCAGGGCCAGGACUACAGCUGGGUAUCGUCCAUCUUCUACUUUGGCUACUUCAUGUGGACGUGGCCAACGUCGCUGCUCAUCGCCCGCCUCCCGGUCGCCAAGUAUAUGACGGCGAAUACCCUGUUCUGGGGGGUGGCAGUGGCCAUGACAGCGGCGUGCACCAACUACGGUGGCCUGCUGACCGUUCGCUUCUUCCUGGGAAUCGCCGAGGCGACCAUCACGCCCGCCUUCAUGUUCCUCACCUCAACGUGGUACACACGCGACGAGAUACCCUUCCGGACCGGAAUCUGGUUCUCAGGAAACUCGGUAGGCGGCAUGUUUGCCUCGAUUAUAGCAUUUGGGAUCGGCCACAUUCACGAUCACGUCGGUCCCUGGCGGUGGAUGUACAUAGUCCUGGGCUGCUCGACAUUCCUCUGGGCGUCUGCCAUCUUUUACUUUCUGCCUGACCGCAUCUCGAGCGCACGAUUUUUGACCAAGGAGGAGCGCGAGUUCGCCCGGGACCGAGUCGUGGUGGCCGGCACGGGCCGCACCGAUAAGACGGUCUGGCGCUGGGACCAGUUCGUCGAGUGCCUGGCGGACCCCAAGACGUGGCUCUUUUUCUGCAUGGAGCUGGCGUCGCAGAUGCCCAACGGCGGCACGCAAAAUUUUGCCAACCUCGUCAUCCGCUCCUUUGGCUUCACGUCGCUGCAGACCACGCUCAUCAACAUCCCCUACUCGCUGCUCUCGGCGUCGUGGAUCGCCGGCUCGGGCUGGGUGGCCAGCCGCUACCGCCGCGCAAACUGCCUCCUCAUCGUCGCCGUCGUGCUGCCCUGCAUCGCCGGAUCCUCGGUCAUCUACUCGCGCGCCAGCACGCCCCGCGCCGCCCACAUGGUCGGCUACUUUCUGCUCUCCUCGGGCCCGGCCGCCAUGCCGCUCGCCAUGUCGCUGGUCCAGGCCAACUACAGGGGCGUCACCAAGAAGAUGACGGUGACGGCCAUGCUCUUUGUCGCGUACUGCGCCGGCAACAUCGCCGGGCCCCACCUCUUCCGCGCAGACGACGCCCCGACCUACAACUCGGCCUUCCUCGCCAUCAUGCUCUGCUACGCCGUCGUCGUCUGCCUGGCACUGACCCUGAGGUUCUACCUCAACGCCGCAAACAAGCGUCGCGCGGCCGAGGAAGGGUUUGAGGGCGACUCGGGCGUCGCGGGUGCCGUCGGCGGAGUCGAUGUUGCCAAGACUGGUGGUGGAGGUGGUGGUGCCGGUGGAGUGGGGGAUCUGGGCCGCAUAGUCAACGAGGUCGAGCUCCGGCCCGAGGACUAUGAGGAUGUGACGGACUGGAAAAUGGUCGGCUUUCGCUACAGGCUGUGAGAUUUCGGAUAGUAGCUCACCGUGCAUCGCCAAGGCUUUGUAUGUGACACAUACACAAUACGCGAUCCAUUAAUGUGCGGAUAAGUUUAUGACUCCGAAAAGGGAUCAAACAAUGGACACAGCCAUGUCUCUGUUUACUGCCAGUUUUCACAUCACACCUGCUCGUCUAUGGUCCAUGUAGUGUAAUGAGCGCAAAAGGUUCUCCAACCUUGGCCGACCCUUUUUCGACAAGCCUGUUUCUGCGCACGGUUUCUAAACACUCCC